ACGACAUUUUAUAACUCAUCUAUACCUACAAUGCCACCAUCCAAUGGAGGUCCACUUGGAUACACGCCCCCAGAUGGAGGCUGGGGGUGGGCAGUGGUUGUUGGAGCUUUCAUUUCCAUUGGCUUCUCCUGUGCAUUUGGCAAAUCCAUUACUGUAUUUUACAAAGAAAUUGAAGAAAUAUUUAAAGCCAGCAGUAGUGAAGUUUCAUGGUUAUCUUCCAUCGCAUUUGCUGUCAUGUAUGCUGGAGGUCCUAUCAGCAGUAUCCUGGUGAAUAAAUAUGGCAGUCGUCCAGUCGUCAUUUUUGGCGGUUGCUUGUCAGGCUGUGGCUUGAUCGCAGCUUCCUUCUGUAACACUGUGCAGCAACUUUACCUGUGCAUUGGAGUCAUUGGAGGUCUUGGGCUUGCCUUCAACUUCAGUCCGGCUCUGACCAUAAUUGGCAAGUAUUUCUACAAGAGACGACCGUUGGCAAAUGGACUGGCCAUGGCAGGCAGCCCUGUGUUCCUCUGUGCCCUGGCCCCCCUCAACCAGGCCCUUUUUGCUACCUUUGGCUGGAGAGGAAGCUUCCUAAUUCUCGGGGGCAUCCUACUGAACUGCUGUGUGGCUGGAGCACUGAUGAGACCCAUAGGGCCCAAGCCAGCUGGUGCCGGGAAAGAGAAGUCUAAAGAAUCCCUUCAGGAAGCUGGAAAACCUAAUGCAAAAAUGGGGGCAGGUGAUGCAAAUAUCGAAGUUAAUGGCUUAAACCCCUCAAAGGAGAAAAAAUCAGUUUUUCAAACAGUUAACCAGCUUCUGGACUUAUCCCUGUUCAAGCACAGAGGCUUUAUGCUCUACCUCUCUGGGAGUGUGCUCAUGUCUUUUGUGCUGGCUACGCCUUUGGUCUUUCUUAGUAAUUAUGCCAAGAGUCAGCAUCACUCUAGUGAGAAGGCUGCCUUCCUUCUUUCCAUUCUGGCUUUUGUUGACAUGGUAGCCAGACCCACUAUGGGACUUGUAGCCAACACAAAGUGGGUAAGACCUGGAAUUCAGUAUUUUUAUGCUGCUUCUAUUAUUGCAAAUGGAGUGUGUCAUAUGCUAGUACCUUUAGCCACCAGCUAUCUAGGGUUCUGCCUCUAUGCAGGAUUCCUUGGAUUUGCUUUUGGGUGGUUUGGCGCCGUGUUGUUUGAGUCCCUGAUGGACCUACUUGGAUCCCAGAGAUUCUCCAGUGCUGUGGGAUUGGUGACCAUUGUGGAGUGCGGUCCUAUCCUCCUGGGGCCACCGAUUUUAGGUCGUCUCAAUGACAUAUACGGAGACUAUAAAUACACAUACUGGGCAUGUGGCAUAACCCUGAUCAUCUCAGGCAUCUAUCUCUGCAUUGGCAUGGGCAUUCAUUUUCGACUUGUGGCAAAAGAACAGAGGGCAGAGGAGAAGCAGGAAAAGGAAAGGAAAGAGAUGGAACCAAAAGAAGUUAUUAAAGCAGCAGAAUCUCCAGACUUGAAAGGCAUAGACGAUGGAACCAAAGAGGAUAAGCUCUGAAGUUGGAUAAAACGAAGCUUUGGACCAAAGAUACCUGAAAAAUUUUCCUCCAUCAUGUUCUGUUCUUGGAGCUCACCAUGGACAGUGGGUAUUUGUGGGGAAGUCAUGCCAAGUGUUCACUGAUGAAACUUUUAUUUCCUUCCUUUACAUGAAAUAUGUCACUUCUUUAGGUGGUAGGGGAUUUGGAAAAGAUGACAGAAGGAAAUAGGUUUUAUUUGAAGUCAUAUUUAUUAAGAUAUACAUUACAUGCUGUGUAAACAAAUCCCUCUUAUAAGAAUAAAGUUUGGGAGUUCCCAUUGUGGCUUAGCAGGUUA